UUUUUUUUUUUUUUGUCGCGCAGGGAAUUCUGGGAACCCUCAAUAUUUUCAAGAUGGCGGCCAGCAGGAGGCUAGCUAAGGAACUUGAAGAGAUUCGAAGGUCUGGGAUGAAAAACUUCAGAAACAUUCAAGUCGAGGAAUCAAACCUUUUGUCAUGGCAGGGUCUUAUUGUUCCCGACAACCCUCCAUAUGACAAAGGUGCGUUCAGGAUUGAAAUCAUUUUCCCCACCGAGUACCCUUUCAAGCCUCCCAAAAUCACUUUCAAGACAAAGAUCUACCACCCCAACAUUGAUGAAAAGGGUCAGGUGUGUCUGCCUGUCAUCAGUGCAGAGAACUGGAAACCCGCUACCAAAACUGACCAAGUUAUCCAGUCCCUGAUUGCUUUGGUGAAUGACCCCCAGCCUGAACACCCUCUGAGGGCAGACUUAGCAGAAGAGUACUCAAAGGACCGUAAAAAAUUCUUGAAGAACGCCGAAGAGUUUACAAAGAAACACGGAGAAAAGCGGCCAAUGGACUAAUCACAUUGACACGGCUCCCCAUUCUCCUGCUCUUCUAACCAACAUGCUUGUUCACUCUUUUAUUUCCCCUUACCUUUUCUCCCUGCAGCCCUGGAUCUGUCAGCCUGACAGCAGGUUGACACAGCCUCAGGUUUGCUCCCCACUCUCCAGGAUUCUGUGGAUCGGGCAGCCUCCUCUUCUUCCUCCUGAGCUCCAGAUCUUCGGGCCUUCACUAACAUUUUACUCUUUCUUAAGGUGAAAAUGGAAACAGAAAGGCUGCUGUCACUGAGUUAGAUGGUUUCUGGUAGUUUUUCCUUAUAAACAUCCAUCAGACUUUUGGAUCAACAGGACCAUCUGUGUUUUCUUUCUUUUGUCCCCAAAGUCACAGAGUUGAUGUUUAAAUUACGACAGAAUUAAAGCUGUAGCUGGGACCCUGACUAAACUAUAUCUGCCUUAUGUAUCUCCACUCAUUUGUAGAAUUGCACUGAAAGUAAAAGUUGGUUUCCAGCUAACACUCCAACCGGAUCAACAUUCAUAUUCAUGCACAACCCCCACAUUUUGUUUUUCUUUUUUUAAGACAUUUGGUUGUCAGUUUCUCUGUAUGAGAAAGCUUCUGUUUUCCUCCAUAUUGUUUUAAUUGGCACUUGAUAUAAAAUUUACUGCUCAGAAUGUGUUUGAAAUCAUUAAAAUCUGCUCCUGCUGGA